AUGGCCAGGAGAUGGCAGAAGUUCGCAGCCGGGCAGAGGAAGAGGAUUUCAUUUUCAAGAAAUGUUAGUGAUGUAGAUGAUUGCAGUACGUCUUCAUCGUCUAUAGUUGAAAAAGGGCAUUUCGUAGUAUAUACAAUUGAUCAAAAGCGCUUCGUGAUUCCCUUGGUUUAUCUUGAAAAUGAGGUCAUUAGGCAGCAUUUGAUCAUAUCUGAAGAAGAGUUUGGUCUGUCAAGUGAUGGCCCUAUUACAUUACCUUGUUAUUCAACCUUCAUGGACUACAUCAUUUCGCUAAUAAGGAAAGGCGUAACUGCAGGAGAUCUUCACAAAGCAUUGCUCCUAUCAAUUCCUUCAUGUUGCUGUUCGACUUCUUUUUUGUUCCAAGAAAGUGGAAACCAACAGCUUCUUGUUUGUUGA